CGUCUCAUCUUCAUACCACCCACGCACCUACGUCUCUCUAGAAUCUGAUCUAACCCUUGUGCACAAUAAUGGCUGAAGACAGUUCACCAGACUACAAGGCUCUUUUUCAGCGAACGGAAGAGUUGCUCAGGCAGGCGGAAGAUCAGAAGCAACAGGAAGCAGAAUUACGCAGGCAGGCGGAAGAUCAGAAGCAACAGGAAGCAGAAUUACGCAGGCAGGCGGAAGAUCAGAAGCAACAGGAAGCAGAAUUACGCAGGCAGGCGGAAGAUCGAGAGCAACAGGAAGCAGAAUUACGAAGGCUAGCAGAAGCAAAUACUCAACCGACCUCUUUCGGGAACUUUGUCCAACUUUGUCACGAUUUAUUUUCCAAAAAGUUAAGGGUUGGCACACCUACCACAUCUACCAAGGGAAGUAUUCCAGCACCCACUGGCAAGUACUGCCCAGCACAACUUCGCGUUUGGUCAGACUGUCCAGCCCAACAGCUAAAAAUCUACACUGAUGUCUUCAAUUACCUUCAACCGACAGGGAGAGAACCCCCUCGGCUUUUUCCAUCUUUUGCCGAUUUAAACGGUCUUAGUCGGCACUUCUCUCGGCGUUUCCUGCGAAGUGAAAAGGAUCUGGAGAGUUAUGAACGAUUUGCAGUGGAAGACCAUGUCCAAGAUAUCAUAGCCGAACUGUGCAAAAUACCAGACGCCAAAGAGAGAUUCCGACUUGGUAACGGGGUUGUGUUUGAGAACCACGGGAACACCCUGGACGAUCCAGAAGAUGAGGACGAGGUGCUAGACACAUCAAGUUCAAAGAAUCCGCGGCCCGACCAAUUCUGUAUCCAUCGAGUCGACGACGGCACGAAUACCAUGCUUACCACAGUUGAAUAUAAGCCACCACACAAGCUUUCUGUGGAGAACCUCCGAAAAGGUCUUCGGCCAGGAGACUUUUGGAAAGACGUUGUGAACCGGGACCAAAUCCCUGUCGAUAAGGAUGAAAAACUUACGUACAACGCCGAACAGCUAGCUGGCUCGGCGUUGGUCCAGGGAUUUCACAUUAUGAUCCAGGAAGGUCUCGAAUACUCUUAUAUUACCACUGGAUUGGCUUUGAUUCUUCUCCACGUACCCUACCAUGAUCCUAGUACGCUAUAUUAUCACCUAUGUGAACCGAAUAUGGAGGUGAAUAUGAACAGCUCUAGUAUCUUCCAGCGACCAGUAACGGCCGUCGCUAGGGUGUUGUGCCUCUGUUUAAUGAGUUUUCACUCUCAAAUACGAGACCAGGAAUGGCGGAAUACUGCCAGAUCCCGAUUAAAAAUAUGGAAGACGAGCUUUGACCAUACGCGUUCCCCAAUUCCUGACAAAGAGUUACGGGAAUCACCCCCAAACUCAGAACAUGCAAGUUCAGAAUCAAGUGGCUCUGAAUACUUACCAUCUUCCCCAUUGGAGUCCACAGGACAGGCCCGCCGAAUGUCUUCCCGGUCUCAGGGCAAUUGCGCGGAUAUCGAAACGCCUCGGAGGGAGCCGACGGACUCGUCUGAUUCCGAGACCAGCCCAGCAACCCAGGGUCGAAAGCGAGGCUUCAGUCAAAUCAUGUCCUCUUCGUCUAGUCGACGUUCAUCAAAACGCCCAAAUAACUCGACCCAUCCUAGUGAUCAACGCCAACAACACACAUCACGUUUCUGUACGCAACGAUGUCUGUUAGGUCUGCAACGAAGAGGCACCUUAGACAAUUCUUGUCCUAAUGUCCAUCUCCAUCGACAUGGCUCGGAAGGCAACCAACAUUGUAUCGAUGUGAAACAGCUGGUCCACUCGCUGAAAAAACAGCUUGAUCGGGAUCUUGAUCACAACUGCACGCCCUUUGGAGAUUGUGGAUCAUACGGCGCGCCUUUCAAGAUCACAUGCUCUACAUACGGCUAUACAGUGGUUGGAAAGGGGACUACAUCCCGACUCUGGAAGGAGGUCUCUCGUGAAGCCGAGGUAUACCAGGUUCUCCGGAAGGUACAGGGAUUAGUGGUCCCGGUGUUCCUUGGUGCAAUUGAUCUGGAAAUGGUAUAUUUUCUUCAUGGGGCCGGCGAGAUCCAGCAUAUGCUGCUGAUGGCUUGGGGGGGUGAAAGUAUUGAACCAGGUGAAAAGCGGGCUGAAAUCGCAAGGUCGGUGAAAAAAAUCCGCAAGCUAGGAGUCGUGCAUGGGGAUUUACGGCUGCAAAAUUUGUUAUGGAAUCACGAACUAGGUCGGGUCAUGAUCAUAGACUUUCACCGAUCUCAUGUCGACCUCCAGCUGAUGGGAGAUCGAGCUCAAUCUUUGAAAAGAUCACAGGCGCACAAUUCCAAACACCGUCGUCUUCUAUUAAUCUGAACAGCCAUAUGUUCAUCCUAGGGUUGCAAGAACAUGAAUCAAAUUUUAUUCCUGGUCCAUGAAGAAUACCAUUAUGCAGAGGGAAGAAAUUAAAAAAUAAGAGUGAAGCAUACUGCCGCACUCCAACAGUCAUGGCAUUAGCUAUCUGCAAGAUUUUACACCCCCUCCUCACAUUCCUCCUUGACAGCACCAUUCGUUGCAUUAAUCGGGACAACAACACUAAUUGAGUCAACUGUUGACUCUAUUGACCUUAUCCAUGCAAAUUUGACUGUAAGGGCUCGAACAAGUGAGCUUCGCCAGAUCCUCACCCGCUGUCUAGAGAGAUAUUGCAAAGAUUAUGUGGUGGGGCAAUGUCCAUGUAUGCCUGAGGCAGCAGCGCCACUUUAAUAAAUAGAGCCAUUCCACUGAACAGUUGCAUCUGUAUAUCCUG